GGCCUCGAACCGUUUCCCUGUUUCUUUCGUCCUCCGCCCCCCCACCCUUCCCUUUUCUUGAACCCUUUCCGUUUCUCCUCUUUCUCCCCUCUGGGUCCCAAUCCCAAGCCCCAGACGGGGUUCCUUUUUUUAAGCGCAAGAGAGGCUCAGAAAUGGAUCAUCAGUACGGCGGGGGAAGCUGGAUGAGGGUACCGAGCCAGAACUCGAUGGCUCAAGAUCCCCACCCUCUCCAAUCCCAAUAUCAGCAACCGCAGCAGCAGCAGCAGCAGCAGCACCAUCACCACCCCUCUCUGGCCUCUAAUUUCCAUCUCCUCCAUUUAUUGGAAAGGUUAGCAGAUGCAAUUGAAAGUGGAACUCGUGAUCAGCAUUUUGAUGCAUUGGUUAGCGAAUUUACCGCCCAAUUUGAAAGAUGCCAACGAUUGCUAAACUCUAUUUCAGUUACUAUAAAUACAAAGGGUGUGACAGUUGAGGGACAAAAGCGCAAAUUAGAGGAAACUAUGCAACAGCUGAACCAAAGGAGGGACCUGAUUGCAAAGUAUAAAAGUUCUGUGGAAGAGCUGGUUAAGUCGGAUAAUAGCAGAUAAGUUUAAUUCAUUUAUUAUCUUUGCUACCGCCAGGAAGCUUGUAAACAUUCCUGAGAUUAUCAAUUCGAGGGAUUAAAUUCUUAUAUAUGAAAGGAGCAUCUGGAAACAAUUUUGCGACUUAUCAUUAUCUUUUAAUAUUAGGUUUCCGUGGACUUUGGCUUAUACAAUCAUAUCAGCUAUCAAUCUUGCCUUUUUUUUCCUGUUC